AUGAUUGAUUCCAUUUUAGACCAAGUUGAAGCAAAUAUGGAACCAUCACUACAAAGGAAGGCUUAUUUAGAAGGAGUUAUUAACCAAUAUAGAGAAUUAAAUGAUCAAAUCGCUGAAUUAGAAUAUAAAAUCGAAAGAGAAAACAAUUUUAGAGAAAAUUUUGAACUUCAAAGAGAUAUCAAUUUACAGCAACUUCAAAAAAUCCAAAAUGAAUACAAUCAAACUAAAGAGGAUUUAGAAAAAUCCGCAAUCAAAAAUGCCGUUCUUUCAAGUGCAAAUUCUUCGACCCCAUUAAUUUCCCAAAGAACAAGAAUCAUCGGAAAUACAAAUUUUGUUCAAUAUGCAAGACUUCAAUCUCAAAUAUUGAAUUUGAAGCAAAUUUAUCUCCAAAAAAUAGAUACGCUUUCAAAACUAAGAAGAUCUGUCUACUGCCUUGACAAUAACGAAGAAUUUACUUACAAUGAACAACCAGAUUUGUUUUCUUUCCAAGAAACUCAUCCAGAUAUAUUACAAAGGAUGAAAACGCCAUUACUAUGUCCUAAAUAUGAAGCUGGCAGUAUUAUUUCUUCAAUAAUUCCAUCAGAUCUUCAAAAUUCAAUAAAUCAAGAAAAUAAUAUCGAAUUUCACUCAACAUCUUUCAUUCCAAAGUACUUGAAAUCGAAGCCUAUUGACAGCCUGAUUACCAGUUUCUUCGUAAAUUCAGAAGAACAAGGAAAAAUUCUUCAAACAAAGAAACAAAGGCUAAAUGAUCUGAACAAUCAAAUAUACCAACUUGACAAUGAUAGAUACAACAUAAUAAAUAGUGUAAGAAUUAAUUUGGCCGACCAUUUAACAGAAAUUCAGCAAAAAAGAUUUAAAUUAUGUUCAGAAGUGAUAUUUGAAGCCCAAAAGCAGAUCAAUCAAGCACAAACUAUUGUUGAUGGUCUAAACCAAUGUUUCCAUGGCGAAAAUCAUGAAGUUUUCGCUAAUGAUACUCAAAUUAAAUUAUUAAUCAACGAUAUCACAAAAGAUGUCCAGCAAAUCAUCUCCAAAGGCAACAGAUUGUUUGUAGCACCAUCAUUGACCCCAAUUCAGUUCCAGGAUCCUCCGAAAUUAAUAAUUGACCAAAUUUCAACAGAACAAAUCACCAGAUGCAAAGAGAAGAUCAAUAAGUUGAAUGAAAUACUCGAUACAUCCGAAAACUACCAAAAUCUUGCUAUAGAAGAGCUAAAUGAAAUUGUUGAAUCUUUAACCAACAUUUCAAAGUCCCAGACCACUUCACUUUCUAAUUUAUCGAUUUCGGAUAACUCUAUAAACGACGAUAGCGAUGAAAUCGAAAAAUUCCUUGAAUUAAAACGGAAAGUUUUAUCUAAGCAGAAGGAGAGACUCACAGACCUCAAGGACAUGAUCGAGAUGCUUCCAGAUACUGUUAAAAGCCUUGAAGUUGAAAAUAUCCCAGAAAUCGAAGAAUCAAAAAUUCAAAAAGAUAAUUUCAUGGAAGAAAUCGAAGUUAUGACACCACCUGUAUCAGAUCCUUUCACUGAUUCGAACCAAGUGUUGUUGCAGAAGAUUUUGAGCAGAAAAGUCGAAAUUAAAGAAAAUCCAGAAAACGUUGAACCAAAAACAAGAAAUGUUGAUUAUAAAACAGGUAAAUUCCAGAGUAAGAUUGAUUCGUGGACAAAUAUCAUUGGUGAAGGUCUUGAUAUCGAUUUUUCAAAAGAAAUAGAAAAAAGAAAUUCGUUGGAAGAAGAAUUUUCAGAAACAAUUUCUAAAGAAAUGUCAGCACUUGAGACAAAGAUAUUUCGACACGAAUCAAGAGAAAAAAGACAAACAAAGUUGAAAGAGCUUCGUGAUCAAGUUGAUUCAUCACGUGAUGAAUACGAACAAAUCAAGAGUUUCAUUCAUCAAUCACAGAAAAAGAUUGAAGAACUCAAUGAAAAAAUUAAUUCUACAAACGAAAAUAUCAAUCAAACUAAACAAGAAACAGAAAGAAUUGAUCACGAAAACAAAGAAUACGAAGAACUCGUUUCGAAGAAGAAAACAUUGAUUGAAGAAAUCUCUAAAUUUAAGACAACAAGUGAAAGAGAAAACAACAAGAUAUUGGAACAGAUAAAGAAACUAUCUUCACAAUCAAACAAACAGAAAGAUAAAUAA